GCAUUCGCCUAUCACUCAACGAAGCUGAAUGGGGGAUACGGUGGAUGUUGAUUAUCUCUACCAUACAAAGGGGCCAUCGGUCUGUCGAGUCAGUGCAGCGGCCCCUGUAGUGCAAUACCCGCAUGCGCAGUGCCAUCAGGCUGGUCGGGUAUCCUAUAGAUCUUAAGCGAUGUGGUUCAGCAGCCAGCACGGACCUCAUACAUGAUUUCUUUGGGAUAGAUUUCAGCUUGCCUUUGCAUUUUUGCCAAAUUUGGGGUGGAUGUCUAAUUGUCCUUAUAGCAGUGUUGGGGAUCAGCGGCUAUAACGGCAGAAUACGGUAAUUUAAAGGCGUUGUCCAUCACAUUGCACCGGAUGUCAGUACACGCAACUAAAUCUCGAGAAGCAUAAACAGGACCAAAUCCAGACGCCAGGCAUGGAAGCUGUCACCCACUUUAUGAAUGACACGGUAGAGUUCUACAGAUGGAGCCUUACUAUAGCAGACAAGCGAGUGGAGAAAUGGCCGAUGAUGUCAUCGCCCGCCCCCACCCUGGUCAUCAGCUGCCUGUACUUGCUCUUCCUGUGGGCGGGGCCUAAGUACAUGCAGAAUCGCGAGCCUUUCCAGCUAAGGAAGACCCUCAUAGUGUACAACUUCAGUAUGGUGAUACUCAACUUUUACAUCGCCAAAGAGCUCCUCCUGGGUGCAAGAGCAGCGGGGUACAGCUACCUAUGUCAACCUGUCAGCUACUCCAAUGACGUCAACGAAGUCAGGAUAGCGUCUGCUCUGUGGUGGUACUACAUCUCUAAGGGAGUGGAGUAUCUGGACACGGUGUUCUUCAUCCUGAGGAGGAAGUUUAACCAGGUCAGCUUCCUCCAUGUCUACCAUCACUGCACCAUGUUCAUCCUCUGGUGGAUCGGAAUCAAGUGGGUCCCUGGAGGACAGUCGUUCUUCGGAGCAGGCAUAAACUCAUCCAUCCAUGUCCUGAUGUAUGGGUACUAUGGCCUGGCCGCUUUCGGACCCAAGAUCCAGAAAUUCCUCUGGUGGAAGAAAUACCUGACCAUCAUUCAGAUGAUCCAGUUCCAUGUGACCAUCGGCCAUGCAGGCUACUCCCUCUACACUGGCUGCCCUUUCCCCGCUUGGAUGCAGUGGGCCCUUAUUGGCUACGCCGUCACCUUCAUCAUCCUUUUCGGCAACUUCUACUACCAGACCUACCGGCGCACCCCACACUCCGCCCCCAAGGCGGCCAAAUCCGUCACCAACGGCAUUUCCACAGCAACCAACGGCUACAACAAGUUAGAGGAGGUAGAGGACAACGGGAAGAAGCAGCAGAAAAAGGGACGAGUGAAGAGGGAGUGAGGAGGACGAGGAGAGGACGGAGGGAGCUUCUGUCAGACCAAUAGGAGGACCGUGGGGUGAAAGGGCAUGGGAGGUAGGGGGGGUCAGGGGUGAAAGUUCAAAAGGCAGAUGGGAUUCCACCACACCCCUGCCCGUGCAGGAUGUUUUGAGGAUGUGAAUUGUGACCAACUUGCUGGUGAAGGUGUGUGUGUGUGUGUGUGUGUGUGUGUGUGUGUGUGUGUGUGUGUGUGUGUGUGUGUGUGUGUGUGUGUGUGUGUGUGUGUGUGUGUGUGUGUGUGUGUGUGUGUGUGUGUGUGUGUGUCGGGGGAUUGGUGAGGUUUGGGUAUGGGGGAAUAGGGGUGGGAGGAGGGUGUUGGUUGUCUAUAUAGUAGUUAUUUUUUUAUAAUAUAAGAAAGUCGCUGCUCUUCAUGUAGAGUCUGUGCUCUGUCUCUUUACUUUGGGGUCCUGGUCAAAGAUAAGACCGUAAAAAGACCACAACACAACCACAGGGACUCUGACCACAGGGACUGUUUCCAACCAAAACUCCACCCAUUUUGUACUUUUAUUCAUUUAACUAAAUGCUGAUGUAUUUUGUAGCAUUGUAAAUUAGAUUCUAUGAAAUUUGUACCAAAGAGGGUUUAUUUUGCAUUGGGCGAUGAGUAAGAAAAAUACUGGUGGAGCAUUGUUUAGGAUUAAACAUGGUUUUAGGGAACAGGAGCUGUUCGCAAUUCUAUUUUUGUUCCUCUCUAUGUGUCGCAGACACAAUUGUGUCAGUACUUAAGUACCGGUCUACCUGGAAGACAGACUAACUGCAAGCCCCCUCUGCCAUACACACCUGCCCUAACGUACAUAAUAUAAACAAACAAACACAUUCAUGGAAUGUGUGUAUGUGAGAGAGAUUGAGGGAAUGAUGUGCACAUUGAAUGCAUCGUAGUGAAUCUAUAGGGGGUUUGGGUGGGUAGUCAUAUGUGCAAGUUGUUAGUAUAUCAUUAUGGAGUUUGGGUGGGUAACAUACUGUACAUGCAAAUAGGCUGACAAACACCUUUACUGCUAACUGAGGGUUUAUCUAUUUGUUUGGUUAUUAAAUUGGUCCUGUGCUUUGAUAUGGUUAUUUUUGUUGUUGUGGUGGAUCUCACGGAUAUCCUGCGUUAUUUUUCUCAUUUUGUGCUGUGCAAUGUAGCCACGGUGCAACUGAGAAACAUGUCUAACUCAAGACAACCAAAAAGGACUGAGGGGGAAAGGGAUAUUUAAUCUCAAAGGGCUUUUAAAAAAAGACUAUAUUCAUUAUUUAAUUUAAAUAAAACACAUACAGCUACUGGCUGCAGGUACAAUGGAAAUAAAGAGGAUGCCAACAA